AUGGAUUCCUCUCCAGCGGCGCAAAGCUGGGCGCUCGUCCAACAGUUAGAGGCACAAAUCAAGGGUUUGAUGAAGAAUCGAGAUCCCACUUACAAGGAGAUCGACAAUGGCAUGGUCGAGCUGCGCACUGCCUGCGAGGCUGUCCAAUUCGCAGACUUCAGUUUCGCUACAUCUGUAGAAGUAGAACAACGCCUCUGGAGUGUACACACCAUGAUCAACAACCGGUACCGAAAAGUUAUGGAGCACUCCAAGAAAGCGAAUAAAACCCACGUUGAACGUCGAGCCACCGCGAAGCACUAUGCCGAUUUUAUCAAGACUAGCCAGUAUUUCUACAAGGGCUACAUUCAACGACUGGCCUCACAUUUCGAUGGACUGGAAAACCUGUACAGAAUCGCGAGCCGCUUAUCUCUCAGCACCUUAACGGCCGACCAACGAGUCAAAGUUUCUCCGGACAUUAGGCCACUCAUUGAGCUCUCUUGCCACGCAACCCUUCUGCAUCUUGGUGACCUAUCCCGGUGGAGAAAUAGCUUCAGAACCAAGGAUCGGAGCUGGGAGCCAGCAAUGGGCUACUACGCCUUGGCAAACGACCUCCGUCCCACCGAUGGCGCAGCCCACAGCCAGAUGUCCGUGAUCGCCUUGUCCGAACAAAAUCAUCUUGAUGCGAUCUACCAUCUGUACCGUGCGCUCACAACUGAAAAUCCUCAUGCUCUGGCGAAGGGCAAUCUUGAGACCGAGUUCAAGAAGAUCAUUUCUGCUUGGGAAAAGAAAGUUCCGCAGCAGAAUAACGAUAAGCUGAGAAUGCUCUGCUGGUGGUAUGUGUUGCUCCAGGCAAAGUUUUACCAGGGAGUGGAAUUUGCUGCGACCCAAAAGGAGUUGGAGAGAGAGAUUCUGUCACGCUUAGCCCUACUGCUCAAGGGGCAGUCUUUUGGGGCAACUCUGGAGAAAUUGGUGAUUGUCAACAUUGCCGCUCAACAUUUUGCUUAUGCCAGAUUCCAACAAGCAACCGAGACGUCUCAAGAGGUCCCACUCAACUCUUACAACUUUUGCAUCCGGUUCAAUGUUCGUUUCUUCACCGUCCUUCUGCAAACUCUACUCCCCGAACUCGAAGACGAGCCAACAGGCGAAGAUAUUCCCAACGGACCUAGUGGAUCUCGGUCGGAGCGCGAAAACGACAAGAUCACCGCUAUUGCUCGGAGAGUUCUUCCUGCCAUCCGCCAGUAUAGCACGUGGGUCAUGGCCAACAACAAGUGGCUCAUGGCUCUGUCUGCGCCAGUAGUAGCCAGUAACGCCAUUGCUAUUCAAAUCAACGAGAUGUGGAAGGCUUUUGCUAAUGUUUCUACGAGACUUGGCGAACGCUUCUCUGGGAAUCAGGCAUCGGUUGGGUACCUCCUAGAAGAAGACGAGUCUACGGUUGGUUUUGAACCUCUCCGAAGCUUCAAAUUUCCACAAGGAUGUGAUGUUUUCAAGAAUAUUGCCGGCGAGUCCAAGCCACGGAACUCCGACCAAGGUAUUAACAGACACCACCCAAGUGUCGAGAUGCAGUCUAGGAUCCAGGAUAUCCUGUGCAUCAGCCUCACUUUCCACAUGCAACCUCAAUUUCCAAUUACUCUGAGCCAAAGCAACGGUAGGAACGUCUUUCACUUUGUUGAGGGGGUGGCCAGCCCGCCGAAUACCGCUGAGUCCUCCGUAUUCCCAACCCCAACCCCAACCCAAACCAGCAAAAGCGCCUUCUCGCCACGAGAAUUAGAUGGUUCGCACCACAGCGGUGUCCGAGACGCUGUAAGCACAUACGAUGCCCAUCACAGCAUGGAAAACGAUAUGCUUCGAAUGGUUGACGGGCUCGUUGACUCAUCAGCAAGCGGCACAGUCCACGCAAACGACGAAACCUCCUAUGGUAUGGGUAGCCGCACUGCUAACGAGAUCUUCGCGCUUACUGGAUCCAACGGCUAUGACUGGCAAGUUCGUUCAUCGCCCAAGAUGUUGCCAAGCAUGCCCGGCUUCCAAGACAGUGCUUUCGCUCCUCAGCCGAACGAGUUAAAGCUAACCAGUCCCAUGAGAUAUUCCUACUCUCCAGCCCCUUUAGCUACAAGAGAACAGCAAUUAGAAGCUGCAGCCGCUUUAGAGGUUGCCACUGGGUAUUCAAGUUGUCGAACCACGUCUUGGGGCCGUCAAUCGUCACUUGUAGGUUCCACAGGGGCUUACAAGUCAGUAUCCAGGCAGUUGGACGAAGGUCUUGAUGAAAGAAUAGCCAACACUACAUGGGCACGACAAAGACCCCGACCAGCCUCUGGCUCGGUGGCUCAAUCUGUCAAUCAGCUACUCCAGGAAUCCCUCAACCAGCAGUACAUGUCGUCUGGAUUCUCCGAUUCGAGCAGUAUCUAUGUAAAUACUCCGCCUCCAGUUCGGAACGGUGUCAUGGGUGUGAGAAAUGGCAUGUUUGGGAUGGUGAACGCCGACUCCGCCAUUUACGCUGGUGCCAGUGCCUUUGACCGAGAUACGAUGCUUCAAAGUUCUAUCUGGACCGGCAGUCAGCAAUUUGGUGGAUACAGCCAAACCCCCCCAGGCGGUCAAGGCGGUUGA